AUGUCAAGGUCCGCAACGCCUGCGCUACCUUUGCAUAAUGCCCAGGCUUCGAGACCAUCAUCCAGAGCCCCUGUAACAGGCGUGCGGUCACCAUCAACGUCCACAUCGACAUACUCCCUAUUAGGUCCUGAAGAAACCGCGGAACGCCUACAGACAUCUCUCCUUCACGGACUUACACCGGCAGAGGCGGAGAUACGAUUAUUGCGAGAUGGUCCAAACGAACUGCCGCAUGAGGAACCGGAGCCCUUGUGGCUUCGGUUUCUCAAACAGUUCAAGGAGACACUAAUCCUUCUUCUGUUGGCGUCCGCGGCCAUCUCAUUUUUUAUGGGCAAUUACGAUGACGCCGUCAGCAUUACCCUCGCUGUGACUAUUGUGGUGACCGUCGGGUUCGUUCAGGAGUACAGGUCUGAAAAGUCCUUGGAGGCAUUAAACCGUCUCGUGCCCCAUCACGCACACCUCAUCCGCGACGUUCCCCCGUCGAGCGCUCCUCUUAUGAAUAACUCUACAACUGCUGCUUUAGGGCCGGAUAUCGAACUGGAGGAUCUUGCGAGCAAGAGCCCCAGCUCGGCAUCGGCGGCUAUCAAAGCGUCGAGUACGGUUCUGGCCUCCGAACUUGUCGCCGGGGAUUUGGUUCUUUUUACCACAGGCGACCGCAUUCCCGCGGACAUACGGAUUACUGCAGCUACUGACUUGACCAUCGACGAGUCGAACUUGACUGGCGAGAACGAGCCUGUGGCCAAAUAUCCCGAGGCACUUCGCAGCACCAAGGCCGCAGUCUCCCACUCUCCCAAAAUUGUUAGCCCGCCUCGGUCACCGUUCUACGACGCUCCCGCCAGCGGCGCCGUUGGCGCGGAUAUACGUUUGAAUGAACAACAUAAUAUUGCAUUCAUGGGAACCCUCGUGCGAUCAGGAUAUGGCCAGGGUAUUGUCAUUGGGACUGGUGCUAAGACAGAGUUUGGCAGCAUUUCAGUGUCACUCCAGGAGAUCGAGAGCCCGCGCACGCCACUCCAGCUUUCAAUGGAUCGACUGGGCCAGGAAUUGAGCUAUAUCUCCUUUGGUGUGAUCGCGUUGAUUGUUGUGAUCGGGUUAGUGCAGGGUCGAAAGCUCCUUGAGAUGUUCACCAUCGGUGUUUCUCUCGCGGUCGCUGCCAUUCCGGAAGGACUUCCGAUCAUUGUGACCGUCACUCUGGCUCUGGGUGUGCUGCGGAUGGCCAAGCGAGGUGCGAUCAUGCGAAGGCUACCGAGCGUCGAGACCCUGGGAUCAGUGAACGUGGUGUGCAGCGACAAAACAGGCACUCUUACGCUCAACCACAUGGCUGUUACCAAGAUGUGGCAUUUCGACUGCCCGGAACCAUUCGAGGUCCACAACGAUAUCUCCUCUUUGACAUCGGGCCCCGCCGCCCGAACCGUUCUCCGAAUCGGUAAUAUUGCCAAUAAUGCCAGACUCUCGCGGGUUAGUGCAAAUUCUCCGGCCAGCGCAUCUUCGGCGGCAGUGCUCAGUUCUACUGUGGACCGUGCGUCUGGUGCUGUGAAGAGCCGAUGGGUUGGUCAACCGACCGAUGUCGCCAUCUUGGACUUGCUAGACACUUUUGGUGAAGAUGACCUUCGUGACCGCAUCAGCAGGCGCGUGGCUGAAACCCCCUUCAGUUCCGAGCGUAAAUGGAUGGGUGUCAUCAUUGGCAGUGCGCAGAACGACGCACCAUCCUUUACCGGUGCCAAUAACGUAGCCUAUAUCAAGGGUGCUCUAGAGCAAGUCUUGACCCGGUGUGAUACUUACCUAACCAAGGAUGGUCGUGAGGUCAUCUUGGAUGAGCCGCGACGCCAUACCGUAAGGCAGGCAGCAGAACACAUGGCAUCUGAGGGGCUUAGAGUGUUGGCGUUUGCGAGCGGAGCAGUCAGAGACACGGCCGGAGGGGGGAGGGUAUUUGGUAGCAGGACCAGUACUCCCCUUUCAAUCACAAGUCAGGGUGACGAGGAUGAUCGAUACACCGGACUAGUUUUUGCUGGGUUGGUUGGAAUGAACGACCCUCCCCGAAAGGAUGUCCACAAGUCCAUCAGGCGUCUCAUGGCGGGAGGAGUGCGAGUCAUCAUGAUUACAGGAGAUGCGGAGUCGACAGCCGUAGCGAUUGCUAAGAAACUCGGAAUGCCAGUAAGAGAUUCUCCGGGGUCGAGGCCUGUUCUCACCGGUCAGGACCUAGACCGGAUGAGUACUGCGGACCUUGCACAAGCUAUUUCGACCACCUCAAUUUUCGCCCGCACCAGCCCAGAACAUAAAAUGAAAAUCGUGCGCGCUCUGCAGUCUCGGGGAGACGUCGUGGCCAUGACUGGCGAUGGAGUGAACGAUGCACCAGCUUUGAAGAAAGCAGACAUCGGCAUUGCGAUGGGCAAGUUGGGUACCGACGUUGCCAAGGAGGCUGCGGAUAUGAUCCUGACUGAUGAUGACUUUUCCACCAUCUUGCGUGCGAUCGAGCAAGGCAAGGGCAUAUUCUACAACAUUCAGAACUUUAUUACUUUCCAGCUUAGCACCAGUGUGGCUGCUCUGAGUCUUGUCUUGUUGAGUACUCUGUUAGGCUUCAAAAACCCAUUGAACGCCAUGCAAAUCCUUUGGAUCAAUAUCCUCAUGGAUGGCCCACCAGCACAGUCAUUGGGUGUUGAGCCUGUCGACCCGACCAUAAUGAAUCGCCCACCGCGAUCGAGAACGGCACGGGUUCUUACGAGACCGCUGAUUCAACGAGUACUUACGUCGGCCUUUAUGAUUAUGCUCGGUACGUUGGCGAUCUAUGUCUACGAGAUGGGCGACGCCGAUGACCUAUCCACCCCGGGGAAGCGCUCCCGUGUGGUGACUGCCCACGACACGACCAUGACGUUCACCUGCUUUGUCCUUUUCGACAUGUUCAACGCUUUGACUUGUCGCAGCGAGAGCAAAUCCGUGCUCCGCGGCGAGCUGCCACUCUUCGGGAACAAGAUGUUUAACUAUGCGGUUCUGGGCUCCUUGUUCGGACAGGCUUGCGUGAUUUAUGUUCCGUUCUUCCAGCGCAUUUUCCAGACUGAACCCCUCAACGCCGCCCACCUACUCAAGCUUCUGUGCGUUUCAAGCACUGUGUUCUGGGUGGACGAGGGUCGGAAAUACCUGAACGCCGUCAAGCGGCGAAGAGCAGUUGGGGUGGGGUACAGUGUCAAUGUUUGA